AUGCUUCGCGCCAUCCGCGAUGUAGCGGGAGUCGGACAACAGCUGUUUCACUCUAAGGACGGAGAACUUGUCCUCAAGUCUAUAACCGACGAAUCGCAAUCGCGGCCUACCAGUGUCAUUGAAACCACUUCUAAUCGUCAGAGUAUGGUGUCGAGAAGGUACUCGCAGGUGCUGAGUGCCAACGUUUCCCCUAGGGUAUCCGUGUACGGUGAUUCUAUUCCCAACACACCGUUGCGGGAAGGAUUCGACCUGGACGUUCCGAGUCAGGCAACCUCACUUGUCGUUGUGCCAAAAGGUGGUACACUGGAGAGGCUGGUCGAUAUCCUCGUCUUGGGCGUUGAAGAGUUUAGCAGAAGGAUGAACAGAUCGGAAGGUGGGGAUUCCCGGCCGCCGAUGCUUCGUAUGGAUAUGGAUGUAUUCACGAUCACCUUCUUCGCAACCUAUCGCAGCUACUGCUCUCCUAUCGUCCUCAUCGACUAUCUGAAGAAACGCCUAGUUGGUUCCAAAUCUGCCGCGAGCUUCAGUGGCAACGAGAGUGACGAUGUUGUCUUUCCCGAUUGGACCGGAGUUGAUCAUGUCAAGGACGACUCUGUUGAUUGGGCCCUAGUGGCGAAAAUUCACUUCGGUAUAUUGGAUGCAAUUCACAUCUGGAUCAGCGAAUUCUACUUGGACUUCCACUGCGACCAAUACCUGGCGGAGUCGUUUACGACGUUUCUGGACAUCGCUGCUAAAGAGCUCGCGUUCUGGAGAUCCACCGAGCCGGAAAUACACCAGCUUAGAAAGCAAGCCGACGAGAUUAAUUCUUUAUGGCACAACAUAAAAGACAAGUUUGCGAGUCUUUCGUUCACACCUUCGACGUUCGACUUCCCCAGUCCCGGGAACGCUACCUCAAGCUUGACAAUCCCCCAGCCGGAUAAUAUCAGUCAAAUUUCGGAAUUCAUAGAUAUCCUGGACGUGCGAGUCGCUCAAUUUUUUGCGUCUGUCAGACUAGUUGACUGGAUGUUCACUUUUGAGCAGCUUGAGAUUCAGAGUGCCGAGCCGAUGGGCUUCUUUGUGCCGAAGAUCGCACUGUUGACGCACGAUGAGGAUGGCCCGAUCCAAGACAUAUUCUUUUUGUUGAGAAAUCUGCGACGUGAAAAGACCACCAGCACUCUGUUACAAACGUUGCCAAAACCGCUGAGGAAUCUCUGCGCAUUACAUCAAGAUUUGUCCAACUGGAUACUGUCUCAGGUGGCCGAGCCCAAGAUUAGUGUCGAAGUGCGGUCACAUCGUUUGGCAACGCUCCUGAAGGCGCUCACAAUCUGUCGUCAACGAAUGUCAGGCAUGGACCUGUACGACAGUUCGGACAGUGGGGUGUCCAGGCAUGUUCCUUCGUUCGUUGGAAGUGCGAUCUCUACCGCCCUGGUCCGACCAGAGAGCAGAGCAUACGGUUUCGCUUGGCAACUUGCAGUCAAGAACGCAUGCGGGUUUGUAUCCCAAUGCGAAACUCUCGAACAGGUCAUUCCCGAGUCCGUCGACGGGGAAAUACCAGCAAAGCCUCUAACCACCUCGGUGGGGUGGAUGCUUGAGCGGUUGUUGGAGAUUGUUUGUCAUGUCCCGAACAUGGUGGUAGAGAACAAUCGUCUCAUCAACUUUGACAAGAGACGGUAUGUGUACAACUUCAUCAAUAACUUCACGAACCACACGGAUGCGCAGAGCGAUGAAACGCACCCUUCUCGGCAUGUUUUCGCGCCUAAAAAUCUGGAACCUAUCGACAUGAGGGCUCUCCGAGAUUCCGCAAACAGGGAAAACCAGCUCUUGAAGCACGGCAGAAUCAAAGUCUUCUGGAAGCUAGUUCAUCGAGAGCAGGAGAAGCUCCGACGCGAUGCCAAGCAGAGGGAAACCAUGGACAGGCUGCAUAGGAACCAGAUGCGGGCAGAGCAUAAGCGCCAGCCCACUGCUGUCCGAGUGGAGACCGAGAGGAAAGGUGGUAAGCGACUGGGAGUCAACUCGAUUUUCAAGGCGGUACGCCCGAUCUCGAUCGCAUUUACAAGUGGAUGGACCCCUCCUCAGCAUACCUCGCGAGUUGUCCGCGCUUCGGAGCUGCCUGCCUUCAAGGUUGAGCACGGCCGGAGGCCGGUUGCUACCAUCGAUCUCAAGCAGGUUGCGUCGAUCACAUGUCCUCGUAAAUCACGCGAUAAAGGUCUGUGGAAAAUAACCCCAGGUAGUGGAACCAGCUACGUGUUGCAAGCAACAUCAGAGAAGGACCUCGAUGAAUGGCUGAAGAUCGUCGCCGCCGUCCGCGGUCUGAACGUUAGUGAGGGCGCCGAGUCGAUUGACCUUCUUACCAUGGCCUCUGCAACCCGAAUGCCGCAGCCAGUUUUUGGCGUCUCGUUGGAAGAGCUAUGCAGGAGAGACAAUGUGAAAGUACCUAUCAUCAUUGAAGGAUUACUGACGGAGAUCGAGAUGAGAGGUCUGGCUGAAGUCGGACUCUAUCGGGUGCCGGGCUCCCUUGCUAGCAUCAACGCCCUGAAGGCUGCCCUCGAUUCCGGAGAAGACAUCAAGAUGGACGAUGACAGGUGGUACGACAUCAAUGUCAUCGCCGGCGCGUUCAAGAGCUUCAUGAGAGAACUGCCCGUCCAAGCGCUCGAGCAGGAUAUCCUGGAUGAGUUGAGGGAUCUGACUGCCGACAUACCUGAAGAGGAAGAUCGUGUACCGAGAUACCGAGAGACGAUGAUGAAACUACAGCCGCACAACUACUACUUUCUUCGUCGGGUCUACAUUCACUUUGCUAGGGUCGCGAGCAACGCCGCGGUCAACAAGAUGCAUGCUGUGAACCUGGCGAUCGUAUUCGGAAUGGGACUGUCUCCCAACUCUGCCCACCCAUUUGGAGUCUCACCGGAUCUUGGCCUCUACCAGACCAUGGUCAAGACCUGGAUAACCUAUGCGGACCAAGUCUUUCCCGAAUCGGAGGACGACGAUUCUCGGUCGGCGUCCGUUAUCCCUGUGGACUCAGGCGGUAUGCCAUCCGAACCGAACUCGCCACUGUCACCGGUUCACGACUCACCCCCCGGAUCGAGUUUGGCGGAGGAGCAGUGGUGUGGCACCGAGGGAAGUGCUGGUGGUAAUGAUGGGGCGGCAGGUGUUGUAUAA